CAGUCACAGCUCACACUUAAAAGAGCUGACCCAGUCUCUGGCUAUGAGAGCUGAGAGCCAGAAGCUGAGACCUGCAAACUCCUCAUUUCCUGCAACGGACCUAGUGCUAAAGCCUACAGCCAUGGCCUGGGACCUAAAGGUGAAGAUGCUGGGGGGUGAUGAGUUCCUGGUAUCCCUGACUAACUCCAUGAUGGUGUCAGAACUGAAGAAGCAGAUUGCCCAGAAAACUGGUGUGCCAGCUUUCCAGCAGCGCCUGGCCCACAUGGCUUCUGGUGAGAUGCUGCAAGACAGUGUUACCCUUAUUAGCCAGGGCCUGGGUCCUGGCAGCACAGUUGUGCUAAUGGUACAGAACUGCAGCAAUCCUCUGAGCAUCCUGGUGAGGAAUGAAAAGGGCCGCAGCAGUAUCUAUGAUGUCUGCCUGACACAGACUGUAGAAGUGCUUAAGAGGCAUGUGUCCCAGAAGGAGCAAGUACAAGAAGACCAAUUCUGGCUGAGCUUUGAGGGAAGACCCAUGGAGGACAAACAGCCACUGGGAGAAUAUGGCCUAAAGCCCCAGUGCACGGUGAUCAUGCAUUUGCGCCUGAGGGGCGGGGGGGACAAGUAUGCCUAAGGCCCCUAUCCAGAGCAAUGUUGGUAAUAAAAGAGACUGGGAUAAAAAGUU